AUGGGUAACUGUUACCUUAAACACGAAAAGAAAAUCGCUCAUCUGUUUGGUCGCUAUGGACGAUUCCUGGCACGACAUCCUAUUAAAAUCCUGGUUAUCGCCAUCGCAGUGAAUUGUCUUCUUGGUCUAGGUAUGCUUCGACUCGAGGAGGAAAGUAAUGCAGAAUUACUAUAUACACCAGUAAACAGCCAGUCUUCAAUAGACAGGGAUUAUUUACAGAGCUUAUAUCCAACAUCAUUGGAUUUCUAUUCACAUAAAGAUUUAUCCCGCUUUAUUGAAGUUCUUAUCCUCACGAAAGACAGGGGAAAUAUGCUGACGUCAGAGUUUUUAGAUGAUAUUAACUCCGUUGAUAAUCACAUUCAGAAAACAAUUUUCAUCAACAAAACUGGAACACUUUACUACUUCACUGAUGUGUGUGCCAAACAGAGUGGCUCUUGUGUAGUAUCGGGUGAUAUUUUUUUGUCAAGUGAUUUCAAGCAAAUGAUGUUGGCGAAUAAUAUCACAUACCCUAUAUUCAAGCACACAUCUCUAACUUCUUUUCUUGCGAGUCCAUCUGCGGCAAACGGUCUGCUUACAUCCGCCAUCGGAGUAAAGCUUACAUAUCAUCUUCAUCUUCUUAGUGUGCAUUCAGAUCAGUGGGAAGAAGCUUUUGUGAAUGCCAUUACGGAUGCUGCUGUCAAUGUCUCAGAAUUAGCUUACUCAUAUUCAUUGGCCUUAGAUCACGAACUUGAGAAGAAUAUAUUUGGAGAUAUUUUCUAUUAUGCUGCGACAUUAACAAUAAUGAUGAUGUAUGCUUCCAUUGCCACCUCGAGAAUGAACUGUAAUUUUAUAGCAGACAGAAGUCUUUUAGGCCAGGCUGGAGUUUUUGCAGCUGUUCUUUCUGUCAUGUCUUCCGUUGGUUUUGUGAGUCUUAUCGGAGUGAAGAUCAUAAACAUUGUCGCCUUCACACCUUUUCUUGUCGUAGGAAUUGGAAUAGACGAUGUUUUCAUUUUGAUGUCGGGUAUAGCUGAUGCUAAGUCGGUAGACAAAUCCAGCGUAUCGGACAGAAUUUACUUCAUGAUGAAGACCAGUGGAAUAGCCAUCACCAUCACGUCCGUAACAGACUUUCUUGCCUUUCUCAUUGGAACAAGUUCCGUCUUCAUUAGCGUCAGGAACUUCUGUAUAUACUCUGGCGUUGCAGUGUUAUUUUGCUACGUCAAUCAAAUAACUAUAUUUUCCUCAAUCAUAGUCUUAAAUGAAAGAAGGAUUAAAACCAAUCGCCAUUGUGUGGCUUGUUGUCUGCCAACAAAGGAUAAAGAAUCGUUGAGAGAGGAUGGGAAAACAGGAUGUUUACUUUACGCAUGUGCCGGAUAUCCACCUAACGAUCGUAGUGACGUCGACAGUCCUUUGGAGAGGUACCCAAAGAAACUCAUUAAAAAAAUAAUUAGUCACUUGACAUUGAAAAUCAUAAUUAUAGUUUUGUUUGUCAUUUACUUUGGGUUUUCUGUGUAUGGUGCCGUCCACCUUGAACAAGGACUUUCUCUACAAAAUCUUGCUGCGGACGACUCCUUCUUUCACAAAUACGCCACAUGGAUUGACGAAUACUUUGGUACAGAUAUAGUUAUGUCUUUUAACGUAAAGAAUACUCAGACAUAUUCUUCUGCAUGGACACAGAGUGUCAUAACGUCAGUACUAACUACGGCGAAGAACGACAAAGACAUGGAUUCGUCCUAUGAAAUCAACUGGUUGAUGGCCUUCAAACAAUCCCAUCUGUAUGUUAAUACUUCAGAAUCUGCGUUUAUUAGAGCUCUCCAGACAUUUUUGACAAAUAUGACACAGUAUGCCAGUGAUGUAGUGAUUGAUUCGGCAGGAUCGACUAUCACCUCCUCUCGCUUUUACUUGAAGAGUAACAGCAUAAAGUCUAAUUAUGACAAAGGUCAAUUGAUGCUGCGCAUGCGGGGAGUGAUGAAUGAUUCUGUCAUUCCCAUAAUAGUAUAUUCUUACUUGUUUAUUUUCUUCGAACAAUUUGUUGAAAUUCUCCCAAGCACGUUGCAAACUGUCGGAAUCGCCAUCGUUGUUAUAAUAGUCGUCACCAUCUUCUUCAUGCCUCAUCCAACCCUUAUCACCAUUAUAGCGGUGUCCUUAUUUACCAUACUUCUUGGAUUGUUUGGAUUUAUGUAUUUUUGGGAUAUUUCCCUCAGUUCCAUAUCCAUGAUACACCUUGUCAUGACUGUUGGGUUCUCGGUAGAUUUCAGCGCCCACAUCUGCCACGCCUACCUUGCCGUAGACUCAGAUAACAGAGAUACUAAAGUUCAGCUUGCCUUGGACAGGUCAGGAGGACCAAUAUUCAAUGCCGCGUUUUCCACGCUCCUGGGGAUCUCUGUCUUCGGAUUUGCCAACAGUUAUAUUUUUAAAACGUUUGGAAAGCUUAUGUUCCUUGUGAUAUUUUUUGGUCUUGCCCAUUCGGUGAUUUUGAUUCCAGUGGUGUUAUCAUUCGUUGGACCAUUAAACACAACAAAGAAGUCAAAGUCAAAAUCCACACAACCGUCAAGCGUUAAAUCAAGAAAAAGUCCUAUUUAUUGGAUAGUCUUGGGUAAAAAGCGGAAGAGCUGUUAAUAGAUGUUUUAUUUUCUGUAUUUUUUCUUGAAUUGUUUGUAAUAUAAUUCCGAACU